AUGAGAAAGAAGGGCAUGCAGAAGGGCUCUCCUUGUAAUGCUCUCCCGCAAAACUGCCCCUCCUCACCAUUGUUCAUGUUUACUCGUUGUCGCAUGUCGAGGUAUAAACUUUAUAAUCCGAUCAACAACGAGUUCUUCUACGCGGAUGCGCCUAAUUUGGGUGACACGACAGUGCGGUGCUCCAAUUUCGAUAAGGCGGGCAAUGUAGGUGUUUUUGAUGGGAAACUCUCUAACGCUUCCUUUGCGCUGAGUGAUGAUGAUACCACUAAAGGGGGAACUUUUCUAGCACAAAUUCGUACGAUCUGGAAGAGCUUCAAGACUUUGGAGCUUGGAUUAAUCCAAACCUUGAUUUGGUACCAGAAUCUCAACUUCAAUGGUGAUGGACAAAUUUAA